UAGGCAUCAACAUUUCUCAUUUAGUGUGAAUCUGAUACCUUAAGAAAUGAGGCAUGCUAUAUAAUACGUAAACACCUGUUAUUUUAUCAUCGGAGAAUCACGUUUACACCCAAGUGCAAAACAAUAACCGCCUCAAAAUGGGUCUUCUCUACUGGAUCGCACUCGGCUUUGUUUGUGCAUGCGCAUCAGUGGAAGCAAUACCAACAACAACGACUGAACCUAGCAUCAUUAUCGGUAACUCCUCCGAUCUUUUUAACACAGCAGUGUUUAUGUGCGCCGAUAUCAUAUACGGAACCAUGUCAAUGCAAAAAAUGUUUCCACCAGCAGAUAGCUCACUUCCUGAGCUAAAAACUGUAAAUGCUACCCUGGCGAAGGCUGUCUUUGACGGUAGUAUCGACCAACUUUGUGAGGAUGUUGAUAAGUACUCUCGUUGCGUCAAACAUUUCAAUGAGGUUGGAUGCACGCCAGAGGAAGAAUAUGUCAGACGGUACGUCGAUAUUGACCAAUUCGGACCAGCUCUCACGUUAUACUGUACAAACAAAGAGCUUGUUAAGAGUAACUUUCUUUGCACGUUGGAGAAAGUCAGAAAUGGAGAUGUCCCAUGUGAGUUUGGUGGAAUUCAAGGACGUAUAAAGGGACUCCUGGUGUAUGCAACACAGAACUUCACAAAGGAAGUUUAUUGCAAUGUCAGAACGGCGUCGUUAAAUUGCCGAAAAGCUCAGCUGGCAAGCUGUGACGUCACCUAUGCCGAAGUUAUGAAUUCUGUCUCAGCAAAAUUUACAGCUAAAUAUUGCUCGAGCUAAAUGACAGAGUUUAACACUGGUCACAGCCGUGAUUAUUUACUCAACCGAUGAUGAAUUGUUAAGUAUAAGUGUAAUUAAUAUCUUUUUGCAAUGCAUUUUAAAGCACAAUACAACUUUUUUAACUUAAUCUGUUUAAAGAUACGCAUUGUUUCUCACCUGGUACAUUCUACAUGAAAUGUUAUUAUGAUAAAAAAUAAAUAAAACCGUAACUUGCA